ACCAAAGGUAGUUAUUAUGAGUCAACUUGGGGUCAAACAAUGAAACAGCAGAAGGAAAAUAACUUUUAAAUGGAGAAAUUAGUGGGUUAUCUUAGAAACUAAUUGAUUAAAUUUAACUCCAGUUCCAUAUGAAACUAGUUAUAUCUUUUAAAGCUUCAAAUAUUUCUGCCACAACCCAGACAAAUUUCUUUAUUUUAUUCAAGUAACAGAAGUCUACUUGAAAAACUGCUCAGAUAUAAUCAUUAGCUGUAUGAGUGUUUGUCUGUGUGGUGUUAUAUUUUCUGUUUUAUUUCUAUUUUAUUGUAUAUUCAUUUUUUUAACUUGACUGCAGAUGCGAAUUACCUUAUGCUACAAUAUGGUGACAGAUGGUGACAUUUAUGUUUGAGCGGAAAAUUACAUUCUUUUUUUAAACAAAGUUUUAUUAUUAUUAUUAUUACGUUGUAUGCUAUCUGAAGUUGAAUCAGACCAAAUCUCUCCUGGUUUAGUUCAGAAUUACCCAAAUUAUUUAUUUCUGUUUUCAAAAUGAUAAUAAAUCUGCCGCCAAUUAACUCAAAUGUGCCUGUUAACCAAUCAGAAGCUUCCACAGCCAUGACAUCAUCAUCUGGGCGUUCCCUCAUUGUUUAAACAGACAGUAAUCAUUCUGUGUGGAAACGUCUGACUUUGAAGGCAAAUAAAUAUCUGACAUAUUCUGUCAUUAUUGUGGCAUCUAGCAAAUAGAAAUAAUUUUAGUAAUUCUAAUUGACCUAAAACAAGAGAAAAAUUUACCAGAAAACUUUGGUUUGUGCUUUGUCAUGAAAACAUUUGGACUGAAACUGACUGACUGAGCAGCCAGAUAUAAAAACUGUUAGACGUACAGAGAGUCUGGAGAACUGUGGAUCCGACGUCGGGGGCGGCAGGGAUCAGUGUGCGUCCUGUGAUUGGUGACUUCCUGUCCAGCAGGAAGUUGUGAACAGAGUUUUAAAGCUGCUGCUGCUGCAGGUCUGCAGACAGUCACAUUAAGGCUGGACCAGUUAUGGCUCUGCUGAAGGUUCGGCUGCUGCUGCUGGGGUUGGGUGAGCAGGACACGCUUCCCCUGGCUCUGAAUGCUGAGUUUUGCAGUGAGCUCAGCGUCUCUGCAGAAGAGAAUCAUUGGAGGUCAGAACUGUAGAGACGAUGAGCGACUCUAUCAUGUGACGAUCUAUAGAUAUACUCAAACAAACGAAAAGUUCUGUGGAGGAUCUCUGAUCAGUGAUCAGUGGGUUCUGACUGCAGCUCACUGCUGGGACUCAGAUCCAGGAUGGGUUAAUGAGGUCCUUGUAGGUGUUCAUCCUAGAAGUGCUCCAAAGCGGCUGUAUGGAAUCACUCAGCGUGAGGUUUACAGAGACAGCAACGGUCGUCAGCAUGACAUCAUGCUCCUGAAGCUGUCAGAAAAAACAACAAUCCGACCAAUCAAACUGCCCGACUGUCCAGAUACUCUCCUAUUAGGCACCAGGGUUCAGUUUGCAGGUCACGGACCAACAGAAGUUGGCUUUUUUAACAAAAGAAUCUCACAAAGUCCAGGUGAUCUUCAGUGUGCAGAGUUAAAGAUUGCUAAACAUGAGAAGUUGGAAAAGGCACUGGCAAAAGUCGGGAACUUUAUGUUCAGUUACCAGAAGUGGUACAGCGUGGAAAGCUCUAAGAAGGACUCAUCUCACGGCGACUCUGGUGGAGGACUUGUGUUCAAGAACAGGCUGUAUGGCAUUGGUGUCUUCGUUGGAGAUUCACUGUAUGCACUCACGAAACCAACUGGCUUCCUGGAUGUCUGUGCCUACAAGCAGUGGAUAGAUGACACAAUUAACUAACCAAAACCCCUGGUUGCUAAGUGUGUCUAAAUGUUCCCAGCAUCAUAAAAUGACAAAGUUUAAUCUUUAAAUUUAAAUUUUCAAUUGAUUCAUUUUCUGAUUUACAGCUGAAUCAUUAAGUUAAGUUAAUUUGUGAUAAUAUCUUAUUUCUCAAUAAGUAAAGCUGCUGUUUGUAAUAAUCAGUAAUAAUAUCCACUGUCACAUGACUAGGAAAUAAAUGGCUGUCCUCUGA